AUGGAGGGGAUGGUGGAGAAAAGUUUGGACUCGAAACUAUGGCAUGCUUGCGCCGGAGGAAUGGUUCAAAUGCCACUGGUGAACUCGAAUGUAUUCUAUUUCCCACAAGGUCACGCAGAGCAGACACUCACUAAUGCGGAAUUCCCAGCCGUGCCAAGAAUUCCACCUAUGAUUCUCUGCAGGGUUGCGGCUGUGCAAUAUUUGGCAGACCUUGAAACAGAUGAAGUUUAUGCCAAAAUCAGACUGAUCCCAGUUGUGAAUAGUGAUUAUAGUUUCGAUGAUGAUGUGGUGUUGGGAGGAAAUAGGUCUGAAUCAAAUGAAAAGUCCACUUCUUUUGCAAAGACAUUGACUCAAUCUGAUGCGAACAAUGGUGGGGGUUUCUCUGUUCCGAGGUACUGUGCAGAGACCUUAUUUCCACGGUUGGAUUAUUCGGCUGAUCCACCUGUUCAGACUGUGAUUGCUAAGGAUGUUCAUGGGAAGACUUGGAAUUUUAGGCAUAUCUAUAGGGGGACGCCGAGGAGGCAUUUAUUGACCACCGGGUGGAGUACUUUUGUGAAUCAGAAGAAGCUAGUUGCAGGGGAUUCAAUUGUGUUUUUGAGGGGCGAAAAUGGGGAUCUCUGUGUUGGGAUUCGAAGGGCGAAGAGGGAUGGUGACAUUUGUGGCGGCCAUGAAUCUUCAUCAGGAUGGAGUUCUGGUGGUGGUGCUGUGCACAGAAGCGGCAAUAAUGGGAGCCUAAGGGAGAGGAGCAAAGUGAAGCUUGAAUCAGUUGUUGAGGCCACAUUCCUUGCUGCCACUGGCCAACCUUUUGAGGUGGCUUAUUACCCGCGUGCAAGCACACCAGAGUUCUGUGUAAAGGCUUCCUCCAUUUGUGCAGCGAUGAGGAUCCAAUGGUCUUCUGGGAUGAGGUUCAAGAUGGCUUUUGAAACCGAGGAUUCUUCCCGGAUCAGCUGGUUUAUGGGUACUAUAGCUUGCGCUCAGGUUGCUGAUCCCGUUCGCUGGCCUAAUUCAAUGUGGCGGCUCCUUCAGGUUACAUGGGAUGAAUCGGAUAUGAUGCAAAAUGUAAAACGUGUUAGUCCUUGGCUAGUCGAAAUGGUCUCAAACAUACCUGCCAUUCAUGUCUCGCCCUUCUCGCCACCACGAAAGAAGUUGCGUUUACCACAUUAUCCUGACUUUUCGCUUGAUGGCCAGUUUUCAAUGCCAUCAUUUACAGGCAACUCUCUUGGGUCAAGCAGUCGCUUAUGUGGUAUAUCCGAUAACAUUGCUACAGGCAUACAGGGAACUAGGCAUACUCAAAUUCGACUCCCGUUAUCAGAUCACCUCAACAAUAAAUUGCACCUGAGACUCUUACCACCCAGUAUCUCGCAGCUUAAACCCCAUGCUAAAAUUUCUGAUGGUACUGUCAGGAGCGAUAAUGAUAAUGAAGAUAUUUCUUGCUUGUUAAGCAUGGGAGGUUCAAAUCAGAAGUCCGCUAAAACUAAUAACGUAAUGACUCCUCAAUUUGUACUAUUUGGUCAACCAAUACUCACUGAGCAACAAAUGUCUCGUGACCCGGGGCACUGCAAAGUAUUCUUGGAGUCAAAGGACGUGGGUCAGGAUCUCCAACUAUCCGUUCUUGAAUCAUAUGAAGAUCUAUACAAAAUGCUGGGAAACAUGUUUGAGAUUGAAAGAUUAGAUAGGCUGAGCCAUGUGUUCUAUCAUGAUGCAACUGGUGCCAUUAAACAAAUUGGAGAAGAACCAUUCAGCGAGUUCACAAAGACGGCAAAAAGAUUGACAAUUCUAAUGAUUCCGGGCACUAGAAGUGUAGAAAGAAUUUUGAUCACCGGACUACCAACCGCAGAACGAGGACUGGGUUCAUCAAACCAGACGGGUACAUUGGGCAUAUUUGCUUAG